GUAGAUUAAACAUGUAAGAAAGACCUAAGUCAAAAAUUAAAUUACUAGGGUUUGCAGCAGGAGGAGUGAUCGCGACGCUGCAGCUAUGGGAAGGAGACCGGCAAGGUGUUAUCGACAAAUUAAGAACAAGCCGUAUCCCAAGUCGCGGUUUUGUCGUGGUGUUCCCGAUCCCAAGAUCAGAAUUUAUGAUGUUGGAAUGAAAAAGAAGGGUGUUGAUGAAUUCCCAUUCUGUGUUCAUUUGGUUAGUUGGGAGAAGGAAAAUGUUUCAAGUGAGGCACUUGAAGCUGCUAGGAUUGCUUGCAACAAGUAUAUGUCGAAGUUUGCCGGAAAGGAUGCAUUCCAUUUGAGAGUUAGGGUUCAUCCUUUCCAUGUUCUUAGGAUUAACAAGAUGCUUUCGUGUGCUGGAGCUGAUAGGCUUCAGACCGGUAUGCGAGGUGCAUUUGGAAAGCCACUUGGAACUUGUGCUAGAGUAGCUAUUGGGCAGGUCCUUCUUUCAGUCCGUUGCAAGGAUGGAAAUAGUCAUCAUGCUCAGGAGGCUCUUCGUCGUGCUAAGUUUAAGUUUCCCGGUCGUCAAAAGAUCAUUGUCAGUAGGAAGUGGGGUUUCACCAAGUUUAACAGGACUGAUUAUCUAAGGUACAAGUCAGAGAAUAGGAUUUUGCCUGAUGGUGUGAAUGCAAAGCUUCUUGGGUGCCACGGACCAUUGGCUAACCGUCAACCUGGACAAGCUUUUUUGAAUGCCAGUGUUAAUGAAUAGGCUUCUCUUUUGCAAACAACCUUGAAGGGAUAAUUAAUUAUUUAAUGCUAUAUUUUGAUAUAUAAUCUGCUUGCUAUUGCUCCAUUUUAGCAUUUGUUAUUUGAGGAAUGAUAACAAUGUAGUCUAUGACUUAUAUACUUCAACACAUUCUUGAUAAUUUGUUCAUGUUUUAAAAAAUUCAACAUCAUUGGUCUUGUAAAUUGAUACUAGUAACUUUUAAUGAACGCAUUUACCUUUUUUUAAA